UAUAAUAUGCUCACUUAUAAAUAAGUGUACAAUUUUAUAUGCAAUUGGAAUAUUGGAAUUCGUAUUAACAAUUCGACUUCAAAAUACUGUAAUAAUGGUUGAUUUUCGGGUAUCUGUUGUCUUACCAGCCGCUGGGACUGGUUCAAGAAUGGGUGGUGAUAUACCAAAACAAUAUCUCAAGAUAUUGGACAAACCUCUGAUCAGUUAUACAAUAGAAGCAUUUGAACGUAUCCCAUGGAUAGAAACUGUUGUGGUUGUUGCUCCUGCCAGGGUAAAUCAGAAAGAAAUUCUGGAAAACAUUAUUUCAGAUUUUAACCAUAAAAAGGUAAUCACAACAUGUGGAGAGUCGACUAGACAUGGAUCAAUAUAUAACGGAGUCUGUUGCUUGAAUACCAAUGAAAGAAAGCCUGAUAUUGUUAUAAUACACGAUGCUGUCCGACCAUUCAUCGAGGAAGUUCUACUUAAAGAAAUUGUAAUUGCUGCGCAAAAGCACAGUGCAUGCGGAGUUGUCCGACCGUUAGUAUCAACUGUACUAGCUAAGAAUGCGUGUGGAUUUCUUGAUCAUUCUUUGGAUAGGUCGCAAUUCGUUGCUAGUGAAAUGCCUCAAGCAUUCAAGUAUGAUGUUAUUUUCAAUGCAUAUCAAAAGUGUACUCCAGAUGAUUUUCAGUUUGGUACUGAGUGUUUAAAUCUAGCUUUGAAAUACAGCAAUGUACAAGCAUUUUUAAUUGAUGGACCCGAUUAUCUUUGGAAGGUAACGUACAAGAAGGAUAUCCUUGCUGCUAAAGGGAUCAUUGCUGAGCAACUUCGACGACGCGCAGUAUUUUCGAAUGAAAUUGGAAAAGAGCUUUUUGAUCUUUUGAAAAAAGAGUUUGAGACAAAUGGUGUCGAAAGCCAAAAUGACGAGACGGAUGAUUUGUGUAAAGUAAACAUUCUGAUCAAUUCCUCGUUACUUCAACAGGAUUCAUGUGUAGGCAAUGAUUUGAAAAGAAAUAGCAUAUUGAAAAGCUUAGUGCGAAUUGAGAGAAAUGGUGUCUUGGUAAUUAUCGACGGAGGAAACGAAGAAAAACUAGCUGAACUUAGGAAAGCAACAGAAAGUAUUUCUCGGAAAAGCAGAAUAGAAAGGGUGAUUUGCUGUGGAGUGUGGUGCAAGGAUUUCUCUCCGGCACUUGCUCAGAGAACAUCGCGGGGGAAAAUAGCACGUUUUGCUAACAUGAUAGUUAAUGUUGCCAUGGAAACAUCGCUACGUUUUAAUGGUCAAGUAUUCACCGUUCUAGACUUAGAAUAGACAUCGUACCAUAAAUACUGUAGAGAAAAGGUGACCAGAUUUUGGACGUACUUAUACUAAUUAUCGUGAUCUAUAUAUUUAAGUUUAGAAAGAGGACAUAUUUUAUACUGCUUUAUUUAUUUAUUAAGCGGGCGACAUGUCACAUUAAACUCCGUUUUCAGGGCCGGAUUAACCAUAUUGGAUUAUUGCAGAAGCGACAUAUGCCACGGGCACCGCGAAACGUAAUCCGGUCCUGUUCAUUUGUAUCUGCAUGGUUUAAAAACUUUCUCUCUCAGAGUGAGCCAAGAUUGCAAAAUUUGACGCCCUGCUUUUGUCGCUGGCAUGCAUGUGUGUUUCCAGUGGAAGGCCCGAAUAGUUAUCUCGUUAUUUGUAUUUGAGAAAACGACAAAUUUCUUUCAUGCAGAAUCCUUUCUUAACAAGCACACAAUGUACACACAUUGAAGAAUAUAUUUUACAUAAUUAUAUACAUUUC